CGGUAUGGCAGAACCUGAGUCACUGGUGCCGGAUACAGGUGCUGUGUUUACGUUUGGAAAAACUAAAUUUGCUGAAAAUAUUCCUAGCAAAUUCUGGUUUAAAAAUGACAUACCCAUAUGCCUUUCAUGUGGAGAUGAACAUACUGCUAUUGUUACAGGAAAUAAUAAACUGUACAUGUUCGGCAGUAACAACUGGGGUCAGUUAGGAUUAGGAUCAAAAUCUGCUAUCAGCAAGCCAACAUGUAUCAAAGCUCUUAAGCCUGAAAAGGUGAAACUUGCUGCCUGUGGAAGGAACCAUACUUUAGUUUCAACAGAUACUGGUGGUGUAUAUGCAGCUGGUGGAAAUAAUGAAGGCCAAUUGGGACUUGGUGACACUGAUGACAGAGACACCUUUCAUCAAAUUGGCUUCUUUACAUCUAGUAAUACCAUUAAACAGCUCUCUGCUGGCGCUAAUACAUCAGCUGCUCUAACUGAGGAUGGAAAACUUUUUAUGUGGGGUGACAAUUCUGAAGGGCAGAUUGGUCUAAAAAAUAAAAGUAAUGUAUGUAUCCCUCAUGAAGUGACUGUUGGAAAGCCAAUUUCAUGGAUCUCGUGUGGAUAUUACCAUUCAGCUUUUGUCACAAUGGACGGGGAGCUGUACACAUUUGGAGAACCUGAGAAUGGAAAGUUGGGCCUUCCCAGUCAGCUGCUGAUCAAUCACAGAUCACCUCAGCGUGUGCUGGGGAUUCCUGAGAGGGUGAUUCAAGUAGCCUGUGGUGGAGGGCACACCGUGGUUCUCACAGAGAAAGUUGUAUAUGCCUUUGGGCUGGGACAAUUUGGACAAUUGGGCCUUGGCACUUUUCUUUUUGAAACAUCAGAACCCAAAAUUAUUGAGCGUAUUAAGGAUCAGAAAAUAAGUCAUAUUUCCUGUGGAGAAAACCAUACAGCUUUGAUGACAGAUGUAGGCCUUAUGUAUACUUUUGGAGAUGGCCGACAUGGAAAAUUAGGACUUGGAAUGGAGAAUUUUACCAAUCAGUUCUUUCCUACCUUGUGCUCAAAUUUUUUGAGAUUUACAGUUCAAUUGAUUGCCUGUGGUGGAUGUCACAUGCUAGUUUUUGCCACUCCACGACUUGGGACAAUAGAUGAAUCUGAAUUUGAAGAAGUAUAUGAGCCUUAUAUAAGUACAGGUUCUUUGCCCAUCAGUGACUUCUCCCCAGGAUGUUCAAUGAAUAGAUCUUUAUCAGCACGUCUUCGGCGAAGAGAGCGGGAGAGACUCCCAUGCUCUGCUUCAAUGGUGGGAACACUGCCUCCAUUAGAGGGGACUUCUGCCUCCACUUCAACUUCUUAUUUUUCCCCCAGUCCAAUCCCCUCUCAUUUGUCUGUGAAUAACUACCCAGAGCAAAGCCCCUCUGACUCCACGGAGCCGCUGGACUCAGAUUAUUUUGAAGAUAAAAUGAACAAAGAGACAGAGACAGAGACAGAGACAGAAAAUUCUUCAGCAGUGGAUUCAGAAAACUUUGGUGAAACUACUGAUAUCUUAAAUAUGACACAUAUGAUGACUACGAGUUCCAAUGAGAAGUUAUUAGAUUUUUCACCAAUUCAAAAACAACAGAAUCAAGACACAGUUGAGAAAGUGAUGGAAAGUACACCGAGCACUGAAAAUGAGGAUAGUUAUGAAUAUGAAGAGAUGUCAAAAAUAAAAGAAGUAACAGUGUACAAACAAUAUUUAGCAAAAGGGAUCUUCAUGAUACGACCACCAGAGAUUCUGGGAUCAUUUUCAGAUGAGGAAGUGGGUAAUGGCCUAGACCAGGCAGAGCCACAGGUCUUCACUGAUGGAAAGGGCUUACAAAGCAAGCAAGUAGGAAGUGAAAGUGAUGAAGAAAUAGUCUCUGAGAAGAAAACUGAGGUGAUGGGAAUGGCAGAUGUGGAAAAGAUUAGAGAAAGUGAAGAGAACUCAAAGUCAGGUUCAUUUUUUGAUGACUUACCAGAUAAAGACAUUCUGGUAACGAAUUCUGAGAGUGAAGACAAUAAAGAUAUUGCUGAGGAAAGGAAAGGCAGUGAGCAGAAUAUCAUCUUUGAUAGUGAAACAGAAUUGGUAGAUGAACCAGACAGUUACAUGGAAUGUGAAAAGCACAAUAAGCAAGACAGUGCUGAGGAAUUGGAGAAGCACAAGCUAGCAGAAUCUAGUAGUGAAGAGAAAGAUGACGAUGAAGUGGAGACUGAGCACUACUUAUGGUACAGCAGGAAGUGUGCUGAGCAAACAACUGAGAAUGAACCUAGAGCAACCAGAUUUCUUCCAAAGUAUGAUCUUAAACAUGACCACUUGUCAGGGAUACCAGAGGAGCAGGAAGGACCAGAGGAUUCAGAAGGAAAUGUAGUAGUGGAGCAAGAGGUACAGGCACAAGAAGAAAAUAUGGAAUUGGAAGGAGACAGAAAGGAAGCAAAAGCAGAAGCCCUGUCAGAUGUCAUUACAGAAAAAGAGGCUCCUCAAGUUUCAGAAACUGUGAAACUAGAAGAAGGGGACGUGGAUGAGCAAAUUAGUAUCCUGAAUAUAGAAGACACUGUAGAAGAAGAAGGGAAGGAAGGAGAGAAGGAGAUUGUAGAAGAAGGAAGUUUACCUGAAGAUGGCAUUCCUGAAACAGAAGGCUCAGAAACUGUUGUUGAUACUGCUGAUGAGAAGCCAGCUGAAGUCCUUAAAGAGGAAGACAGUGCCAACCUUCUGCAACGGACCCUUCGUGAGUACAAUGAAAAUCCAAAAGGACACAUGUAUGAUCGUGUAAAGAGCAGCUCUUCAGAAAUUCUGGGAGGUAAUGAUCCAACAAGUAAAGACAUAAAAAAAGCUAAAAAAAUUUCCUUCUUUAAUCGGAUGUCAUUGACAGGUCAAAAACUGAUGCAGAAUGCUAAUGAUCCACUCCCAGAGAUAAAGCCAAUAGGAGAUCAAAUAGCCUUACAAAGUGAUAAGAAAGAUGCCAACCAGAACCACUUGGGUCAAAAUCUUCAGGAUACUGCAACACCAAAUAUGGAGGGAAAGUCCAAAUCCUGUACAAUACUAUAAAUGUAUGUUUAUGUAUCCAUGGUCACCGAGCACAUUUGUUCUUUAUACUUGAAAAAUGUUGUGACUUCUGAAGGAAGUUCCCUGAUAACACUGUUUAAAAAGAUAUAAAUUAUUAUGCUUGGCUUGGUUUGAACAAUAUGAACAGUUUUAAUAUUUAUGUUAAUAUUCUGAACAAACAAUUUCCAAAGUUCGUGUACCUCCAGCUCUCUUUGAAGUGUUCUGGCCUUAAAACUGCUCAGUGUUGCAUAAAACAAUAUAUUUUUAUAUUUGAAAAGUGAAUGAAGCUAUUUCAUAGUUUUGCCAGCACAGUUAUUGUACUUUGUAAUUUCCUAUGACAAUGUUCAUGAUAUUACAACAAUGGAACAGUUUUGAAUAUAUUUACAACAUUUAAAAACAGGCAACAUUGUAAUGAACUAAUUUUAAUAAAUUACAUCUGGUUGGUUCUGUUGUCAAAA